GUGCGCCUAUUUGCAUGUCGGCUCAUCUUUUCAUGUCUAGUUGACACGGCGAAUAAAACUUUCAGUUAUGAGUCAAGAAACGGAAACGGAUGAAAAGAAAAAAGAACCGUCAAGAACUUGCAGAUGGUUCUCAGAUAUCUUUGCCGUCCUAGAGAAGCCAUGUACUGCUAUCUCCAUCUUCUUUCUAGGGCCCCUUUUUAUUGGUUUGGCUACGGGGCAGGUUUGUUUGUGCGAAUUGUGUUUAAAUUAUCUUGGGGUCAAAUUGGAACACUAUGUGUUCGCAUUUAUGUGGCUGUUUAUCUUCUUCUUGUUUAUUUGGAUGGACUUAGUCGUGGUGGCCAGGGUCAAGCGUCGUUUUGUUUCGUCAGCAAACAGAAAAAAAGCCGAAACCCAGGAGUUUGAGUUCGAACUACACGAGGAAGGGACAAACGCUGAACCCGCCGGGAAAAACACACAAGACUGUCAAACAGAUGAAUCGUCAAGAACUUACAGAUGGUUCUCAGAUAUCUUUGCCGUUCUGGAGAAGCCGUGUACUGCUAUUCCUUUGUUCUUCAUGGGGCCUCCUUUCAUUUUGUUGGCCAUGACACAAAUCAUGGCUACAAUUUUACUUUUAAUAGAUUUGUUUAAGUUAGAACUAACAAUGCGCUGGGUGUUACUUAUCUUCCUGCUGCCUUUCUUCUGGUUCUAUCUUUGGAUAGACUUGGUCAUAGUGAGGAAGGUCAAGCAAUGUGUCGUCUGGUCUGUGAACAAGUGGCACAGAAAAAACGCCAAAACCCAGGAGUUCGAGUUCGAACUACACGAGGAAGAGACAAACGCUGAACCCGCCGGGAAAAACACACAAGAGACAAACGCUGAACCCGCCGGGAAAAACACACAAGAGACAAACGCUGAACCCGCCGGGAAAAACACACAAGAGGCAAACGCUGAACCCGCCGGGAAAAACACACAAGAGGCAAACGCUGAACCCGCCGGGAAAAACACACAAGAGACAAACGCUGAACCCACCGGGAAAAACACACAAGAGACAAACGCUGAACCCGCCGGGAAAAACACACAAGAGGCAAACGCUGAACCCGCCGGGAAAAACACACAAGAGGCAAGUCCUGAAUACGCCAGAACAACGAUGCAAGGUAAGGGAAAUAACCAAGAAAAACACAGUUCCUUUUCUACUCGUCCGAAAUAA